AUGAGCUCCUCAUCUGCCUAUCUUCGCCAGGUCGGCAUUCACAGGAACCUCCCGACAUUCAAUGAGUCUAUCACGGGACUCACUGCCAUUAUUACUGGAGCAAAUGGCAUUUCUGGCUUCAAUACCAUGCGCGCCCUUCUCGACAGCCCUCAGCGAUGGCAGACAAUAUACGGUCUUUCGCGUAGACCUCCGCCCGAGUCUAUGAUGGCCUUGUUAUCACAUGAAGCCCGAUCCCGUAUUAAAAUAGUCACCUGCGACUUCCUUGACGGCCCUGCUUUGAUUGCAAAGAGCAUGAAGCUGGCAGGCGUCCGCGCUGAUUACGUCUUCUACUACUCUUACAUCCACAAAGAUUGGUCUGAAGCCGAAGCUCUCGUCAAGAGCAACGUUCUUCUACUGAAGAACUUUCUGGAGGCUCUCGAAGUUGCGGAUAUCAGGCCUGCCCGCUUCAUUCUCCAGACUGGUGGCAAGAACUACGGGACGCAGAUUGGUCGCGCGCGCACACCGCAACUCGAGUCAGACCCGCAGCCAAGGCACCUUGCUCCCAACUUCUACUAUCCUCAAGAAGACCUUCUUAAGUCCUACUGCGAGAAGCAAGGCACAUCGUGGAAUGUUAUCAGACCUGCUGCGGUCAUCGGUGCGUCAACACAUGCCGCGAUGAACAUGUUUUACCCAUUCGCCGUUUACGCCGCGGUGCAAGCUCGUAAGGGCGAACCACUGUUCUUUGGAGGCGAUUGGGAGCAGUGGCAGUAUGAGUACCACCAUUGCUCAGCGCGAAUGACGGGUUACCUAACUGAGUGGGCGGCAUUGGAGAAGCAUUGCGGCAACGAGGCUUUCAACUCCAAUGACGGAGGUCCUCUGACAUACGAACGAUUCUUUACCGAGCUGGCGUCCUGGUUUGGGGCCAAGGGCGUAGUCCCUCCACCGGAUGACGAUUCUAAGAUGGAGACGAUUGGGAUGGGAUGCGGAGGCAAGGAAUCACCAUUGGGCUACGGACCGCCUAUGUUUGGCAAGUCGAGCUUUAGCUUCUUGGACUGGGCCAACGAGGAGGAGAAUGCCGCGGCCUGGCGCGAUAUUAUGAUGGAGUCGGGAGGUAAAAUCACACAUGAUCCCUUCGAAGAUACUGAGUCCUUCUACAUGUUGAAAUGGGCCUAUCACCGUUUCGGAAGCGUUUGCUUGAAUAAGGCAAGGAGAUACGGCUGGACCGGCUUUGUUGAUACCAUGGAAAGUAUCUUUGAGAUGUACAAGGAGAUGAGCAAGCUUGGUACUCUCCCGCCUAUGCAGGUGGAGUCUGCUCACCCAUUGUGUUAA